UUCGCUUUCUGCUUCUUUUUCUGCGUAGCUCGCUCCGAAGGUGCAAUCAUCGUGGGAGAACAUGACAUAACAGUCCAUGUGAGAUCCGGUGAGAACCUCAUACAGUCAUGCAAAGUCAACGCCGAGCAUCACCGAUCCGUUACCAUACGAUGGGGAAAGAUAAUUGAUCCAGGUAAAACAGUUUCUGCCUACGAAGGAGCCGGUAAGGAGGUAAUCCAGCUCUCCAACAUUGCCUUCAUCGUGUUUCCUUUGAUGCCGACGAGUGAGGCGAGCAACAAGUUGACCUCUAGCGCCCCCAUAAUCAGCGCUCCGUUUGCAGUUAGCGAUCCUGGCUCGUCCGAGAGUCAGCUGGUCAUUCAACGAGUCACGGAACGCGACGCAGGCGUGUACAUUUGCUCCGUUAUAACUGAGUCUGGCUGGGAUGACAGGAAACUCAUGCGGGUUGUUGUUUCAGGUGCAAAUGGGUGCUUAUUUCCCUUUACGUUCACCCCUUCAGAUGGUCAAACUGAACAGUCAGCCGAGUCGUUGGAGGAGAACAGCUACCAACGACGCCUCGCUCUCUACAUUGCAGCGCCAGUUGUCGUCUUCUUUGUCUGCAUUUUUAUAAUUAGCUACUGCGUGAUCAGCCGGAAAGGCCGCCGCUGCUCGCAAUCUGAGAGCGCUGGUCAUGCUCGAGCGACUCUGCCUGCAAUGCGACAGAUGGGGAACAGCAACAACUCCGUGGGGGUCUAUCGUCGUACCCUGAACGGAAACAGUUUCUCCGGGAAGACAAACAACAUGGGCCUCGUGGACCACCAUAGGGCCCACCACUCCCCUCAAGGCCCUCCUUCUACCGUCACGGUAACCGCAGCCAAUCAAGUUGCAUACUCCUCUUCGACUGGGUCACAUUCACUUAGUGGCACUUCGGCGGGCACUCCGGGCUCGAUGCUGCUAGCGAACACAAUGGUUCAAGUCCUCCCACCGGACGGGUCAGGAUAUCCCCUUCUCAAACCCAAUGGCCAUCACCAUCAGUCACCCUCGCCACAUCAAACCACAUACGACCCCUACAACGGAGGCCACCCAAGCAGUGGGGGCGGUGGUGGGGGGGGGAUGGUGUACAUGCCGUCUGGAUACCACGAUUUUCAAGGUUAG